AUGGCAUUGAGCAAGAUCGUCUUUGUUACUGGCAACAAGAACAAGUUGGCCGAAGUGCAAGCCAUUCUUUCAGGCUCAAUCCAGCUUGAAUCUCGCAAGAUCGAUCUGCCCGAGCUCCAAGGUACUACAGCUGAUAUCGCAAAACAAAAGUGCAAAAUGGCUGCAGAGAUGAUCAAUGGACCCUGUAUUACCGAGGAUACAUGCUUGUGCUUCAAUGCCAUGAAUGGGCUUCCUGGACCUUAUAUCAAAUGGUUCCUUGAAUCAACUGGCCCUGAAGGUUUGGUCAAGAUGCUCCAGGGUUUCGGUGAUUACUCAGCAUACGCUUUGUGCACAUUCGCUUAUUGCCAAGGUCCUGGUCAUGAGCCCAUUAUCUUCGAAGGCAAAACUGAUGGAAAGAUCGUGCUCCCACGUGGUCCUAGAGAUUUUGGAUGGGAUUGUGCUUUUCAACCUGAAGGCUUUAAUGAGACUUAUGCCGAGAUGGAUAAAGCUGUCAAGAACACCAUUUCCCAUCGAUUCCGAUCCAUUGAAAAGCUCAAGGCAUUCUUGCAACAACAACAGUAG